CAAUAUAGCCGCUCGGCGGAGGCGCGGGUGCGCGGGGGCAGCGCAGCGGGCGGGGGCCGAGAUCCAGAGACCGGAGCGGCUGGCACCGGGGCCACCCGGAGAGGGGCGAGCGCCAUGAGCAGCAAAUGCGACGUGAUCGUGGUGGGGGGCGGCAUCUCAGGUAUGGCCGCAGCCAAACUUCUGCACGACUGUGGCCUGAAUGUGAUUGUUCUAGAAGCCCGGGACCGUGUGGGAGGCAGGACUUACACCCUCAGGAACCAAAAAGUUAAAUAUGUGGACCUUGGAGGAUCUUAUGUUGGGCCAACUCAGAAUCGUAUCUUAAGAUUAUCCACGGAGCUAGGAUUGGAGACCUACAAAGUGAAUGAAGUAGAGCGCCUGAUUCAUCAUGUAAAGGGCAAAUCAUACCCCUUCAGGGGCCCAUUCCCACCUGUAUGGAAUCCAAUUGUCUUAUUAGACCACAACAACCUUUGGAGGACGAUGGAUAAUAUGGGACAAGAGAUUCCCAGUGAUGCCCCAUGGAAGGCACCCCUUGCCGAAAAGUGGGACAACAUGACAAUGAAGGAGCUACUGGACAAGAUCUGCUGGACCAAAUCUACGAAGGAUCUUGCUACUCUCUUUGUGAACCUGUGUGUCACUGCGGAGACCCAUGAGGUCUCUGCUCUCUGGUUCCUGUGGUAUGUGAAGCAGUGUGGGGGCACGACCAGGAUCAUCUCAACAGCCAAUGGAGGGCAGGAGAGGAAAUUUGUGGGUGGAUCGGGUCAAGUGAGCGAACGGAUUAUGGACCUCCUUGGAGACCGAGUCAAGUUGGAGCGGCCUGUGAUCCACAUUGACCAGACAGGAGAACACGUCUUGGUGGAGACCCUCAACCAUGAGGUGUAUGAGGCUAAGUACGUGAUUAGCGCUGUUCCUCCUGUUCUGAGCAUGAAGAUUCAUUUCAAUCCUCCUCUGCCAAUGAUGAGAAAUCAGCUGAUCACUCGUGUGCCCUUGGGUUCAGUCAUCAAGUGUAUAGUUUAUUACGAAGAGCCCUUCUGGAGGAAAAAGGAUUACUGUGGAACCAUGAUUAUUGAAGGAGAAGAAGCUGCAGUUGCCUACACGUUGGAUGAUACCAAACCUGAUGGAACUUAUGCUGCCAUAAUGGGGUUUAUCCUUUCCCACAAAGCCAGAAAACUGGCCCGUCUUACCAAAGAUGAAAGGUUGAAGAAACUUUGCGAGCUCUACGCAAAAAUCCUAGGCUCACAAGAAGCUCUGAAGCCGGUGCACUAUGAAGAGAAGAACUGGUGUGAGGAGCAGUACUCUGGGGGCUGCUACACCACCUACUUCCCCCCGGGGAUCAUGACUCAGUAUGGCAGGGUUCUACGCCAGCCAGUGGGCAGGAUUUAUUUCGCAGGCACGGAGACUGCCACACACUGGAGUGGCUACAUGGAGGGGGCGGUGGAGGCCGGAGAGAGAGCAGCCCGGGAGAUCCUGCAUGCCAUGGGGAAGAUCCCAGAAGAUGAAAUCUGGCAGCCUGAACCUGAGUCUGUGGAUGUCCCUGCGAAGCCCAUUACCACGACCUUCUUGGAGAGACAUUUGCCCUCCGUGCCGGGCCUGCUGAGGCUGAUUGGAUUGACCACCAUCGUUUCCGCAGCUGCUCUUGGCUACCUGGCCCACAAAAGGGGGCUACUUGUGAGAAUCUAAAUUGGGGGGCAUCAGUAGCCACAGUCUCUUCUUAUUCUACUUGGUGUGUGGGUUUGGGGAAAGAGUUGUAAUAAAGUUCCAUGAAGACACAAAGAAUGUAGAGUGAGGUGGGGGCGUGGAGAUAAGUCAGACUUCCGACCACAGGAAACACACUAUCUCUUUCUCCGUUUUGAUCCCUGAGUAUUGUCUCUUACCCAGCCUAGCACUCUGUCUCACCCAUUUCCAAGUUUACUGGCCCCAGAAUCUUUACAGUAGUUAAAUAGGCUAGUUAAGGUCCUUGCUGUCCUCCCAUACACCUUGCCCAUGCACACAAAAAAUCUAGUUUUUUCCCACCUCUGUUGCUUUGUGCUUGUCCUUCUUAUUACCUGUAAUGUCCACAUCUUCCAAGUUCUCUGCAUUUGUCCUUCGAAUCCUGUAUUGUUAUAGCUGGAAGACCUUAAAGACCACCUAGUCCUUACUUUCUAUUUUAGAGCUGAGCAAACUGAAGCUGAGAAAGGUGGAACUUAAUUGCUCAAUGUCCACAAUAAGCCACUGAUAUUUGGGGGACUAGAACACAGGUCCACUGCUUUUCCCGUCUCCUAGGAUGAAUUUCCCAAUCACCCUCCUCCCCUCCUUGCCAUGGUCGCCGAUGGUGUCCCCUUGUGCGGGUUUACUAAGUCAUUCUGCACUACUCAGAUGCUACUCAGUAUAUAUCCUUAAGUCUUACUGUCUUGUGCAGUGUGUCUUCUGCUCAUUUUAUUUUAUUUUUUUUGAUGGUAGGAAUCUUGUCUUUUCUUCCUUUUGUACCCUGCCUUGUGUCUGGAUACAAAGAUCAGUACACGUUUCGAAUAAUUAAAAAUAAAGUUGAUUGACCAGA